CCGUGGAGGGAAUCCUCGGCAGACGCCAAACGCGGACGAGGGAUUUGGUGCCAAAGCGCGUGUAGUCUCACUGGCGAUGUAAAUUUUCGAAAAUGACAAACGCCGAGGUGCUACAGCUGGACGUGUGGAAGGGCGAUUGGGGCCUGCCGUCGGUUGACAUAGAAUGUUUGCAAGUUUUGGCAUAUGCCAAAUUCAGUGGGGUACCUUUAAAAAUAAAUCUAGCAAGCAAUCCAUUUAAAACACCAAAUGGUCGAUUACCUUUGCUUAAGGCUGGUCGACGUACCUUGGAUACAGUUAAAGAUAUAUUGCCCUUUUUUAGAGCAAAACAUUAUAAUUCUGACUAUACUUUAAAUGAUAAGCAAUGCGCAGACGUCAUGGCUUAUGAUUCUUUGCUUAAGGAAAAGUUGUAUCCAGCCUUCCAAUUUAUAUGGUGGAUAGAUAAGAAAAAUCUAGACGAUUUAGUUAGACCAUGGUACUGCAAAGCGCUGCCUUUUCCAUUUAAUUUCUAUUAUCCAGGAAAAUUUGAGCGGCAAGCACAUACCUUGAUGCAAAGUUUAUAUCCUCUAGAAGAUAAUAUAAAUGUUAUAGAAAAUGAGGUGUAUUCAGAAGCACAAAAAUGUUUAACGCUAUUAUCUAUAAGACUUGGAGAUAGAGAUUUUUUUUGUGGACAACAGCCUAGCACAAUAGAUGCCAUUAUAUACUCUUAUCUGGCACCGUUGCUCAAAGCUCCAUUACCAAAUCCAGUUCUACAAAAUCAUCUGAAAGCCUGUACAAAUCUAGAGAAAUAUGUGUCGCGUAUAUCACAGAGAUACUUUGAAGAUGAAUAUCAGACUUAUGAGAAGCAGAGAGCUGAAAAGAAUGCAGAAAGAUUAAGAAGAGACUCUGAAAUUGAAUUUCCCAAUAAAAGAAGAAAUCAGAUUCUUGCUGCGCUUGCCGCUACAAUAGCAAUGACCGGAUAUGCAUUAUCCACUGGUAUUGUAGAGGUGCUAGUAUAUUUGUUAAGAAGCAGAAAAUUUAUUAAAAUUCCUAAGAAGAAAAGAAAACGUACCAGCAAAGGAUGACGAAAUCUCAGAUGUACCGAUGGAAUAUAUCCUGAAUGACGAGGAUGAUGAAUAGCAGUUAGCAAAAAGAAAA